UUGUCAAAACGGUAUUUCAUUUCAUAUACUUCUAACGUGAGUACAGCCUGCCAUGUCAAAAGAGAAUAAAUAAUACAAAGUGUGUGGAAUGCAGUCUAGGCUAGUCCAGUAGACCUCUCCAGUGUGCCGGGCAAUAUAAGAGGCGAUCUAGUCUGUUGCACCAUUUGCCUUUCGAUAUACAUGAGCUAACUGGUAGGAGGUCAACUCCUGCACCAAUCUACGUGUGUCCCGUAUCAGAGGGUGGCCAUCUCCGUACCUGUCCACUUCUCGGAUCCAGUCAAUCAUCGUGGAAGAAUCACCCUCAAGGAAUAGGCUGUCGGCUCCCAGCGUCCGUCUCGCAUACAAAAUGCCCUCCCAGGUUGUCCGCAGCUCCGCUCCCACGGCUGUCAAACCAGGAGUGCUUCGCCCUCUAGCUGCAAUAAAUCUGCCCCUAUGGUUCCUGAUCACAAAGCCCACGCUCCUAGAUGCGUCACCCUUCGCCAUGCCUCUAUCGAAGUUCACCUUAAGAUAACCAGGAGGUGGGGGUACCGAAGAGAAAUAACUAAAUUUGGACGCUGAGACAGCAGUACAGGUACCCCAGAUGUCUUUGGCCCUCCUAGGUGAUGUCGACGUGGCCAUCAUAGAAAUCUCCGCCGUUUGCCGUAGGGCUCUCUCCAUCAUAGCCUGUGGGAACGACCGCCUGCCCUCGAACAGGCGGUCGUUCCUGUCCAACCAUAUGUGAUAGGCUAAGUAAGCCGCUAUGGUACCUAUCUUAGCAGUGCUCGGCCUCCGAACAAACUCACUUAAAUACUGAAGCAUAUCCUCCACCGAUUCCCACAACAGAGGGAAUGGCACAGAUGUACAUCUCCAAAUCUGCACGGCUAUAGGACAUCGAAGAAGUGCAUGGCUAAAUAGUCUCCUCACCAUCCAGGCAAACCUCACAAAGCAGAGCCAUCCUCAUCCCCCACCUGGCCAGCACACUCCUAGCCGGUAGGCAGCCCCAGGCCACCUUCCAAAGAAAAAGCGCCACCCGGAGAUGCAUCCUUAUCCUCCAUAUUUAGCCACCAUCAAUCCGCCUAUCGGGCUCCCUCCUAGUCCAAGCAUGGAUAUCUCUGGCAUGCACCCUCGACCGCCCGUCGGCAGCCAAACCAAUCUAUCUGGCUCCACUUGAAAUGGGAUCGGUAAGGCCAGAAUCCUCUCAACCAACUGCUCCCCCAAAGCCUUCUGGAUCAGAUCCUCAUUCCAUCUCCCCUCACCUAGGACUAGCAAAUCACAAACUCUGUCCCAUCAACCUGCCCGAGUCCACCAUGGUCGGUAAUCUACUGAUCGGUAGCUCAGUCGCCCACCGAAGGACAUCCACCGAAGUUUUAUCCCCAACGGCCCACCGGAUCGUCAAAAACACCAAUGGAGCUCUAGCACAAAUCUCCCUCCAAAUGAGGGAGUGGUUUUCGCCCUGCCCUGACACCAACCGAUAGUGCACCAUACUUAGUCCUCAUUAGGAAAGACCAUAAACUCUCAGGCUCCAACAUGAAACUAGCUGCAAGCCGUAUCACUGACGCCUCCCGUCUCACCACCAAAGACGACACUCCCAAGCCACCAUGCCUGACCGGUUGGCAAACCCCCUUUCAUGCCACUAAGUGGAUACUGCCUCUAUUGCCACACCUCUCCUAGAUGAAAUUCUGAUGUACUUCUUUGUCAACCAAUGUGGAACUAGGAUAUGUGGCUCAAGCUAUGAUAUUUUUAUGGUACUUUUGUUAUGUCCAAAUCACUUUUCUUUUGGAUACAUGGUUACACGAGUUGGAGCCUCAAUCCAAAAAGAAUGCGCUAUUGCAUAUUUAUUGCGCAUUCUGCUAGCUUUAGCUUUAUCUCUUCUGAUAUCUCUACAAUACCUUAUUUAUCUAGAGCCACUUUCCUUCCAACAAAUAGGCAAAUUGGAGCCUCAACGAACAAAGAAUAUGCUAUUGAAAAACAUCUUAUGCUUCAAUAUCAAUGGAUUCAGAUGUCAGGCUAUCAUCCUUGGAUUUGAUUUGUUGCAUUAGAAAUUACUGCUCUCUUGUUUCUUGAUAAUUCAGCCUAAUAGGCUAGAUAUAGGAAAUGCCAUGACCUACUUUGGUCCUAAGUCUUAACCACUAAAUCCACUUAAAAUAACCUCAUCCCAAAACAUGGCCUCCUAAAGGUUGGGUUUGUAAUAGGGUUCAACGAAUCAAAUCUAGUAAAGAGACCGGAUUGGACCGGACCGAACCGAACCAGUUGCCCUGCAAACAGCAAAUUCCGUGAACAAACUCACACGUGUACAUUUACCUCUCGAACAUGCUGAGCGGUACAGGCGGAAAAGGCUGCCUCCUGUCCACGCGCGGGCAGCUCGAAAAGGAACCAAGGAUGGCUCUUGUGUAAUUCCAUGAUGAACACGAGUCCAUUGUUGACAUUAUACAUCCCACAAUGUCGCGAAAAAAUGGCGGGAAGUUGGCACGUGCCGUUGCUCGAAAUCCACGCGAGCCAAAUUCCCGCCUCCCUCCCCAUCCCUCCUCCCUGGAACGAAGCCAAGAUAUAUCAUGGAAAAAAAAAUGAAGAGAAAACCCUCACCCUUUUCUUGUCUUGAGUCUUGACCCCCACCCUGCCGGGUAAUACUCUCUCUCUCGUUCUCGAUCUCCAUCCGCCAUGAAAACCUCCGCAAUAAAUCAAAAAUCCUAACCCUAGAUCAUUCGGAGAGCCCAAGUUCCGAAACCCUAGAAUCAUAGCAGCGUUGCCCCUCCGCCCGACCAUGGCAGCGCUUCGCGCUCCGGAGCUCGUUCUGCCGACCGCCGCCCAGAUCGAGCACGCCUGGCACCUCCUCACCGUCCUCGUCCGCUGCGGCCGUCCCGCCCGCCCCGCCGAGCUAGCGUCUCGGUGCGCGCUUUCCCCCUCCCCUUCGCCCGAUGUCGUGGAAUUCCUCUGCUGGAUUCGUGGAUCCCCGCUGCUGCUCACGGAUGGUGGGUUUGUUACGGUCUCCGAGACGGCGAUCACCGCUUUCCGGGAGUUCAUUUCAAGCGCGAUCGCUCCUUUGGUGUCGAGGGUCGCGGCUAGGGUUACCGGGCAGAGGGGAGCAUGGAAAGAUUUUUCCUUAAUGUAUGUGAGGAAGAGGAAGGCGCCGGCUUUGGGGGAUAAUACAGUAGUCCGGGAGCCGAAAGCCAAGAGGAGGCUAUUGCUGCCUUCUGGAAGAGAUGGGGAAGAAUACAUGAAAGGUGAGGGUGACUGCCAUCAAUUAUUCAUGGCAAAUGGGAGCCUCAGUAUUCCAAAGGAGGUACACUUUAGUGUUGCUGAUAUUUUUACCAAAAAUCCUCUCUCAAUUGGCACAUACGAUAAGGGACAUAGCUCAAGCAUUUUAAACCAGAGGUGUUCUUUGCCUCCAUCAAUUGGUACCUCUAGCAUCCUCUUAAAUUUUGGAUCUAGAAAUAUUGAGCAUGUAGGAGACUUUGAAACUGAAAAGUUAUGCAAGAACACACAGGGCAUAGUCAUGCACGAGGAGUUACCAGAUUUCCAGAAAUGUAAAAAUAAUUACCUCGAUAUGGAUAUUAAUUGUAAUGUUCCUGAAGAAAUUACUCUUGAAAAAAUCAAGAUCAGUGAACUGGAAGUGGCAAUUCAACAGGAUAUGAUGACAGACAAGCCUACAUUACAUAAGGAGAUUUUAAGAGAAGCAAGCCACUCCCAAGUGGCUGCACAAUUGCCUGUUAUAAACGAAUUGAUUUUAACUGGGAACAUUAUUGUAACUGAGAAGGAACUGAAUGUUCUUCCCCCAGAGACUGGCACUCUUAAUAGUCUUGCUGCAGGGCUGAUGGACAGAGCAGGAGCCACCGAGGCAAUCUCUUGCCAAGCAGAAGAUGCUUCACACAGUGCUUCUGCUUUAAGAAUGGACCAUCAGAAUAUCAUACCCAUUGAUCAAACAGCUUCCAAAUUGGAAUCAUCACAUCCACGGUCUGAACCUAGAACCGUCCAUAAACAGCAGAAAAAAUCUUUUCUUAGACCAAGGAACAUGGGUGGAGUUGGUACAACUGUUGGAUUGCAAAGUCUGAAUGGGUUAUCAGAAAAUAAAAGGAAAGGCAACUCUUCUAAACAGGAGCAAGCUAAAAGGGAUGAUGAAGGUCUUAUCAUGAAACAAAAGAUGAGGAGAAGCCAUAACCAGGUCAUGCCUACUAAAGAAAAUAGAGUGGAUGCUGCUUCAAAAACUCUAAAGAGUCAUUUUGAGCCCAAAUUACUGCCGGAUUUUGAUUCUUUUACCAUAGAAGAAGAAGAAGGUUCAGGUGGUUAUGGCACUGUCUACAGGGCUCGAAGAAAAACAGAUAGAAAAAUAUUUGCUGUCAAGUAUCCUCAUGCAAAUGCUCAUUCACAUCAUGUCAACAAUGAAAUGAAGAUGCUGGAGCGAUUUGGAGGCAGGAACUUUGUGAUAAAAUAUGAAGGCUCUUUCAGAAGUGGUGACUCUGAGUGCUUUGUUCUAGAGCAUGUUGAGCAUGACAGACCAGAGGUUUUGAAAAAGGAAAUAGAUGUAUUUGAACUCCAGUGGUACGGUUACUGUAUGUUCAGAGCCCUUGCAAGCCUGCAUAAGCAGGGUAUAGUGCAUCGAGAUGUUAAACCUGGGAACUUCCUCUUUUCUCGCAAACUCAACAAGGGAUAUCUCAUUGACUUCAACCUAGCAAGUGAUCUGCACCAAAAAUUCUGCAGACAUGGCAAAAAUGAGGUCAAUUUAAAUGCAAACUUGGAUCCAGUUUCUUUUCUCAGUGCGAAGUCCACCUCUUGUAACCAAGCUAACAGAAUUGUAAACAAUGCAAUUUUGGACAAUGUCAAUAAGGAAGCAGCUAAUGACUCGAAGAAGCAUUUCAUUUCCAAGAACAUUAAAAAGAGUUCAAAUCAAAGUUCAUCAAAUGCCUUACCGAAAAUUGAAAACAAAAUGUUAUAUGGAAGCCAAGCUGCUGAAGUUUCUGGCAUAACCUCAACAAAGGAUCCAACUAGCACCAGGACUCCUUCUGUGGAUAGGCUGAAGCAGCCCAUUCCUUGUAAAGGACGGAAGGAGCUGAUAAAUUUUCUGCAUGAGGCAAUGCAAAGUCCCAGUCAAAAGGCGACAACAGUUCCAGCUUCUCAAAGGAAGAGGGUAGCUGCACCUUUGGGCAAAGUGGAUAGAACUGUAAUAAUGCUAACUCCUAUGCCUCUGCAUUCUGGUGGCAAAGCUGUUGCUGGUGCUGGCAUGUUUAAGAACAAAGGAAGUGGGAAGCAUAAGAGAGAAGGGCCCUGUGUUGGAACCAAAGGCUUUCGAGCUCCAGAGGUCUUAUUCAAGUCUUUUCACCAAGGUUGCAAAGUUGAUAUGUGGUCUGCUGGUGUUACAAUACUCUACUUGAUGAUUGGAAGAACCCCAUUCGGUGGUGAUCCUGAACAAAAUAUAAAGGAAAUAGCGAAGUUGAGGGGCAGUGAAGAGCUAUGGGAAGUGGCUAAGCUGCACAACUGCGAGUCCUUGUUUCCCUCGGAAUUGUUUGAUGUCCGUUCUCUACAAUCCAUGGAAUUGAGAGAUUGGUGUGCAGCUAACACUAGAAGACCAGAGUUCCUUGAUACUGUUCCUGAAUCACUCUUUGAUCUCGUAGACAAAUGCUUGACAGUGAACCCGAGGCGUAGGAUCACUGCAGAGGAAGCUCUGUUGCAUGACUUCUUUGCUCCAUGCCAUGAGAGCCUAAGAAAGCAGAGGAUGCUGAGAAGGGCAGCCGGCUCAGAGUCUGGAAGCUCAUCAUUAUGAGAUGUUUGAUUCAUCUUGCUGGAACCAUACGCUGCUAACAAUCAUGCUGUUGCUCUAAAAAGAAUGGCUUGGAAUAUUUCCAUAAACCAUCAACGUUUCCUGACAUCUGGAAUCUUCUUACUGUUGUAAAGAUUCCGCCAUGCCUCAAUUGUACAUCCUCGUCUCAGCAGAUUGCCCAGCUCUCUUACUAUCUUUGUAUUGCUUGUAUUAAAUUCAUGUAUUAAUUAAUAGAAAAUCAGGAAUUCAGCCAUUUCAGCCAUGCUAGAUCAAUCGUGGAUUAUGUCCUGCAAAAAUAAAAAGGCCAUCUUACCGUGGAUCAAACUUGUGUCAGUUGUAUGCUGUGGAGAGGUAAUGCAUUUGUGAACUGUUACAAGUUGAUUGUUUGCAUGAAAUAUACAUUCUUGAGAUUCAUGGUUG